AUGAGCGGAUCUGGAGGCUCCGGCAGAGGAUUCGGCUGGGGCGGCAAGAGAAGGGCCGACGAUCGGGACAGAGAUGAUCGUGAGGACCGCGACCGUCAGGCCCCAGGAAAUCGGGCAAGUCGUAGGGCCACGGAGCAAGGCGUCACAGCCACCGACCCGGCGCAAACCCCGCCACGUGGCUCGGAGGAAAACGCAGAAGCGGUCGCGCCACGAAGUGGCGAACUGCCGGCUCGAAACGGAGCGGCCCCGAAGGGCGAGAACAAAACGCUCCCCCAAAGCGAGCAGGGCGGAGCAAAAGUCGACAGCCCUGGAAAGAAAUCUGAGGGGCCCCCAGACGCCUUCGAGCGUGACCAAAACGUGACGCAGGCAGAAAACCCGAGCGGGUUGCCCAAAGCGCCUCAUAACGCCACGGAGCUGGCGGGUAGCGGGCCCGACAAAGAGCUCGAGGAGCUGCAGCCAGACACAGCCACAGAUCCGCUUGCAGAAGGCGUGUCCGUGGCGCUCGACGCCUGCACACACGCUUUCUUUGCCGGGAUCAAAGCACCAGGCCCGGCGGGGGGAUCAGAAAUGUCCGCCGAAAUGAAAGGGGAGUUGGAAACCUGGGUGAGGAACGUCGGAGACCACACGUCCGACCCGGAGAAGUUUGUGGCCGGCAGCUUUGGGCGGCACCUCCCGGCCUGGCAAGAGUUGCUGAAAGACUCCAAACGGGAGUCCUCGAAACGGGUCCUUAAGAUGCUCGCUGCGGGAAUAAAACCUCAGUUUGUGGGCACCGAAGAAGCGGAGCCCAAGAAACGCGAGCAAGUUAGGGCGAUGCUCGCCCGCACCGUCAAACCCCUCGAAGUGGACGACUUGCUUCACGGACAAGUUCCCCAUCAGGUCGAAUUCCGGAACCACCAGUCCUUUUACGACAACGCCCCGUUCGCAGUGGGGGAAGCAGUCAAGAUGGUCCAAAACGGUACCCUGCACGUGUACGGCCCGGGAGACGGCAAGCCUAAGGUGGUCAACCCACUCGGAGUGGUUAACCUCCCCAAGGGGCGGCUGGUGGUAAACGCCCGCUACGUCAACCUGUUUUCGAAGAAGCACGCUUUCAAGUACGAGACGCUGCGCGAGGUCCUCACGUUUCUGACGCAGGCCUCCUUCUUCACGACCUGGGACUUCAAGGCCGGGUACUACCACGUCCUGAUUAACCCGGCCUACCGCAAGUACUUCGGGAUCAAGAUCGGAGAAGUCUACAUGCACUACAACGCGAUGUGCUUCGGGUGGUCGGCAGCUUGCUUCCUCUACACUCUCCUCACCCAGGAGCUGAGUAAGGAGAUCCGAUUGCGAGCGGUGCCCGUCUCGAGCUACCUCGACGACGGGCUCACAGGGGACAUCGACUUCUACCGCUGUCUGUGGGCGACGAUCUUCAUCAUCAAGCUUCUGACGCUGUGCGGAGCGGUCCUCAGCAUCCCCAAGUGCAACCUCUGGCCGCAACAAGAGGGGCCUUGGCUGGGGUUUAUCAUCGAGACGGUAGCCCAGCGCUUCGCCGUAGCCCCUGCAAAGAUGGAGAAGCUGCGGGCGGCGCUAAGGGGUUUGGCAGAGAGCGCUGACGUCACGCCCCGGGAGCUGGCCAAGGUGGCGGGGAAGGUGAUUUCCGUCAGCCCGGCAGUGCUGCCGGCGUCCCUCUAUAGCCGGCCGUUCUUCGCAGCAAUCCAAGGGAAGCUGACGUGGGAUGACGUCUUCUCAACGCCCCAGGCAGCGAAGCGGACAACGGAGUUGUUCUUGCAGCGGCUGCCGGAAUGGAACGGCAGGCGCUGGUUCCCGCGCUGCAUAACGGCGGAGGCUGGUUCGGACGCGUCGGAAACCGGCUUUGGAGGCACCAUUCAGAUCCCCGGGGGCGAGAAGCUCUCGGUUGUCGGGACCCUCUCGGAGGACGAGAGGAAAAUGUCCAGCACGGCAAGGGAAACGGUGGCGUUCCUGCGGGUGCUGACGGAAGCACACGAGCGAGCGGGGGAGGUGCUGCGGGGAGCCGCGGUGCUGCUGAAGGGAGACAACCAAGGGGCGGUCAGGGCGGUGAACGCCAUGAAUAGCCGCGCCCCCGACGUCAACGCCGCGCUCAGACAGCUGUUUGAGCUGUGCGUGGGGGGGGACUUCGACGUAGUACGCAGAAUCAAGGGGGAAUUCGGCGUGGAGCCAGCGCUGGACCUGUUUGCGUCGGACACGUGGCACCUGUCCGAUCGGUUCUUCAGCCAGCACAUCACUCCCGGCUGCAUCGCAGCAGAUGCGCUGCGGGUCGACUGGCGGGACGUGCUGGCACCCGGAGAGAUAGCCUGGAUUUUUCCACCAGUGAGACUCCUUAGCGAAGUCGUGACGGCAAUCCAGCGCUUCGAAACCAGCUGCGUGGUCAUAGUCCCAGAGGCGCCGGCAACCAACUGGUGGCUGGCGCUGAGCGGCAUCAACAAGCGAGCAUCAGUGAGGGGACCGGUGAUCCUGCCACACAGCACGGACACAUGCACGCCUAGUCAUCGGGUCCCCAAAGGGACGGCCAAUCCAGCGCUGUAUAAGUUGCAGGCGUUCCUGAUAACAUGGUAG